CCAAGCAUUCCAUUCGUCACGUCGAGAUUGUGAUUGUGAUUAACAGAGACAAACGUGUGUAAAGCAAGAUGAAUUCUUUAUCGAAAAUGGCUAAGCAAGAAACUAGCAAAUCGUUCAAAGUUGGCGAUUUGGUGUUUGCCAAAGUGCGCGGCUACAAACCAUGGCCGGCGGUGAUUACCCAUGAUGUUAAUAGGAAGAAGCAGUACACUGUGAGCUUUUAUGGCUCGGGACAGAUCGGCUACAUACUACUGAAAAACCUCACGCCAUACCUCAAGCUUAAGGAAGAGUAUUCCACUGAACAUCACCUGAAGCAAGCCGAUUUCCGCAGGGCUAUGAUUGCAAUUGAUGAAGUGGCCGAGAAGGCGACCACUGUGCAACAAGAAACUGCAAACAACCAAAAGCAAUCACACCCAGCAAACGAUAAAGAAAAUGAUAUGCUGUUGCUGUAUAUGCCUCCAUCCAAAGUCUUCGGCAUCAACAUCAACUACAACAAGCCGAAGAGAUUUGAAAAUGCCGCUGCGGAGCAGUCCUGGAUGGAUGAGUCGCGUAAAGAGGCCAAUCUACUGAAGCUCCAGUUGUUGUCAGGACAAAAAGAUCCCAGAUCGCUUCCAGGACGUGUCGUCGCUGAACCCUCUUCCAACGAGACGACCAAGCAGGAAGAAGUGAAACUACGAGAGGAGAUCAAACGAGGGGGAACGUUGUGA